AUGGGUGUUGGUCUUCCAUAUCUGAGUGCAUACCUUGAUUCCUUGGGAACUAACUUCACACACGGUGUAAACUUUGCCACGGCUACAUCCACAAUCAGAUUACCAUCCAGAAUUAUACCUACAGCAGGUGGAUUUAGUCCCUACUACCUUGAUAUCCAAUACUCACAAUUUGAGCAGUUCAAAGAAAGAUCACAGUUUAUAAGACGACAAGGAGGAAUAUAUGCACAUUUGAUGCCCAAGAAGGAUUAUUUUCCUAAAGCUUUAUACACAUUUGAUAUCGGUCAUAAUGAUCUUGGUGAGGGAUUCUUUGGUAACAUGACUGUAGAGCAAGUCAAUGCUUCUAUCCCCGAUAUUCUUGACAAGUUCUCUCUUAAUGUUAAGAAUAUAUAUAAGUUGGGAGCUAGAUCAUUUUGGAUCCACAAUACUGGACCAAUUGGUUGCCUUCCCUAUAUUUUGGUCAAUUUUCCAUCAGCUCAAAGGGACAGCCAUGGAUGUGCAAAGCCUUAUAAUGAUGUAGCUCAAUCUUUCAAUCACAAGUUGAAGAAGGCCAUUGUUCAACUCAGGAUCGAUCUUCCUACAGCUGCAAUCACAUAUGUAGAUGUCUACUCUGUGAAGUACUCUCUUUAUAGUGAACCACAUAAAUAUGGAUUUGAGCUUCCACUUGUUGCCUGUUGUGGGUAUGGAGGAAAGUACAACUACAGUAGUAGUGUUGAGUGUGGAGGAACAGUGACUGUGAAUGAAGGAAGCGAAAUAUUUGUUGGUUCAUGUGAGCGCCCCUCGGUCAGAGUAAACUGGGAUGGAAUUCACUAUACUGAGGCUGCCAACAAGUUUGUCUUUUCUCAAAUUUCAACUGGAGCAUUUUCAAAUCCACCUGUACCCUUGAAAAUGGCUUGUCACCAAGUUUAA